UAUUUUCAAGUACUUUUCUUUUCACAUUUUCAAUUGCUUGUAGAUUAUGAAAAACAAUAAUCUUCCAUUGUGAUCAAUCUUUGAGAAGGAUGACAAACUGAGGAGAACAAACUUCCUAGACUGGUACAGAAAGAAGUGGUAUGUGUUCUAGAGCAAGAGUUGCCCUAGAACCUCCAGAAAAUGCUAUAUAGAAUUUGCAAGCAUUAGGAGGAUGCUGUAGAUGUGCAAUGUCUUAUGCUGGCAUCCAUGAAUCUGGAGUUGCAAAAGCAGCAUGAGUGUAAGGAUGCACCUACUAUUAUCUUGUGUCUCUAGAAAUUAUUCCAGGAGUGAGACAUGAAAGAUAUGAGAUCCCUAAGCAGCUCUUCCAAUGUGGAUGGUGAGGGAGCAGCAAUGUGUCCAUGCCCAGGAUGAUUGGAAACAUAGAGAGGUUGGGCUAACUAGGGUAAUGAACCCUGAGUUGUUCAUUCCUUCUGUCCCUGUAUAACAGUUGUUCAAAAUUUGUGUUGAAUUUUUGCAAGUCUGUGACUGAAUGCUUGGUAUGUUGCACGCUGCUGAGCUGGAUUUGAGGAAGUCCAAAUAUACUCCUGACUUGUUGGUCAAUCAGACAAAAGGGAAGGUCAAAGCUAUGGCCAGGUCCAAGGCCAAGCCUAAGACAACUAAGAAGCCCAACAAGGCACCUAAAGCAACAAAGGGUGUUGCUAUGUCAGGAAUAUGCUUGCAUUGCAGAAACAAUAAUUUCCAGAAUUCCAGUAUGUGGUGGUCAUAACAUAUAUGAGCUUUUUAUUGCAUGUUUAUUGCAUUCUUAGACAAACGUUGGAACAGGUACAAUCACAUAUUAGUUAAGCUUGUUUUGGGAUACUAGCCUAAGUUUUAUGUAAUCAAAGGUAUUAUGUCCUUGUGAUUUGGUGUGCAUUAUGAGGGUAUGAAUUGAACGUGGUUCUUAAGAUUCAUGAAAGGAAAAUCAGUUAUAGAGUAAUCACCUGACUUCCUUGGUUUUUAAAUUUAUAGCAUAGCCUUGCAGGUGUAUGUCAAGUUGGUAUGUUGAACUGAGUAAACCUUAAGUUUAGCAAAAGAGAUAGUUGUAAAGUGUACUUACCUGAUUUCCAAGGUGUAGAAUAUACAGUACGGCCUUUUUAGCUGCACUUCUGACGUUCAAGGUUGCUGGUUCUUGAGACAUACAGCUAUUUUAUGUAAGUGACCAAGUCCUCAUCCUUCACUCAACACCUGUUCUUUGCCGGACUUGACCAGUUGGGUAUACACUUGCUAAUCGUUGGAAAUUAAAUGCACUUUAUACAGAUACUUAUAUAGAUUUCUUGGACAUCUACAGUUCUGCAGAUUAUAUCACCAUGUUAAGCUUUUAGAAUCUGUCUGGGCAGUAUGGUUAGAAUAUCCUGCCCCCAAUUAUCACGUCCCUGUAGCCAUUCUUCUGGUUCGGAAUUGAAUGCCCAAGUAAUGAUUAUAUUUGGUAUUAUCUGUGCAUGUGCUUGGAUGUCUAUCAUUAGUUAACUAGCUAUUUCAUACUCCAUGUCAAUUUAAAAUUUUCUUUUAAAAAACACAAUUUUAUAUAGUAGAACAGCAAAUGCUUUUUAGAUAUUUUGUUUUUUACAUUAUUGUACUUAAGUUUUGGUUCCUGAAAAAGGCAUUGAGAAGUUACUUGUAUUGUGUAGAAUUAAGUUAUUUAGUGUUU